ACAGCAAUAACUGUGUCACACUCCCCAUACACAAUAUGACAACAACCCAUCAUUCCCACGCUAUGUAGUAACUCGCAUCCUAUGACACCCCCCCCCCCACACCCCCACCCCACACACUCCUAAAUGCUCUCUCAUUCACUAGCAAAUAUUGUACAACAAGAAAAUCAAAGUACCUAACAUAGCAAGAACAAAGAAUGGCACUUGCUAAUGAAAAAUCUGUGUCUGAUGGGAAACUAUGGGGACUUUGUAAACUUCCAUUUUGGCAUUCAAAUAACAGCUCAGUGACUGCUACUUCCUCUUCUUCUGUUGCUUCUUCUUCUUUUAGGCAACAACAACAACAGCAACAUAAUGGCAUUUCUGUGGAUCAUCAUUCUAAUAUUCAUGGUUCACUUAAUGUUUCUUCUGUAGCAAAAUCAUUACUUCCAACUCGUCGUAGACUCAGUCUUGAUCCACAAAACAAGCUCUAUUUUCCAUAUGAGCCUGGUAAACAAGUCAAGAGUGCUAUCAGAAUCAAGAAUACUAGCAAGAAUCCUGUGGCUUUCAAGUUUCAAACAACUGGGCCAAAAAGUUGUUACAUGCGGCCACCAGGAGGUAUUCUUGCUCCUGAUGAAAGCCUCAUUGCAACUGUUUUCAAGUUUGUUGAGCCACCUGAUAAUAAUGAGAAACAAGUUGCCAAGAAGAGCAGGGUCAAGUUCAAAGUCAUGAGCUUAAAAGUAAAAGAGGACGUGGAUUAUGUGCCAGAGCUGUUCGACGAAAGGAAGGAUGAAGUUGCAGUUGAACAAGUAUUAGGUGUUGUUUUCCUUGAUGCUGAACGCCCUUGCCCUGCACUCGAGAAACUUAACCGACAGCUAGCUGAAGCUGAGGCUGAGGUCGAGGCACGCAAAAGGCCUCCAGAAGAUACAGGUCCAAAGAUUGUGGGGGAAGGUCUUGUUAUAGACGAAUGGAAAGAAAGAAGGGAAAGGUAUCUUGCGAGGCAACAGGUUGAUGGAGUUGAUUCAGUGUAAUAGAAGCUCUCUUUUCUGUGGAUGGUUGAGAAGAAUUUCUAUGAUAAGCCUUAUGAAUUUUUAAGAUAUAUACAGAAGGUUGCUUUUCUUCUCAAAAAGUGAAAUUGAUUUUUUCAUGUGAUUUUCAAUUCUGUCUAUCCUGGAUCCUUGCCUUUUGACUCUUGCUUGUAUAUAUGAGAAACUUGGAAGUUCCUUCCAUAAUCGAUGAACAAUCAACUCCAUUCUGUUGCUUUCU